AUGGCUCUCCUGCUGAGCGGCUGCGUCGCGCCGGCGGUCGCCGCCCGCGCGGCCCCGGCACACCGCCCUAGCUUCAGCUCUUCACUCCCCCAGCCCCGCGCCAAUCACCGAAAUUUCGCAGUAAACGGAAUCAUUCUCAUGUUCUAUCCAUGCGCAUGCUCAAUUGCUGCCGAUGCUGUUCAGGGCGCUGCAGGUGAUCUUCGAUUUCCGGUUCCUGCCUUCCUGGCCCUCCUCGCGAUCGCUGAUUGGUUGAGCUGUGUCAAGGGAGUUCAUUCGGGGCAGAUGGUCCUCAAAGUCGUCGAGGCCAUCGGUGAGAUGUUCUUCCAGGCUUCCAGCCUAAUUUGUUCAGUCAAUCAGCACGAGCAACAGUGUUUACCGUGGCAAUGCUUGUCUGUGUCGCCUCGCUAA